AUGUUGCUCAAGCCUGCGACACCCCUCACCAUCUUGCUGCUGAUCGCAUUUGCGCUUUUGCUACUCUCAUGUCUUUCCACUCCUAUUGUUAAGGGGAUUCCUCUAGCAACUUUCAAAGAUGUCGAUUAUGGUGUCUUUGGAUAUUGCAAGGGUAACACCUGCACCAAUAUCCAUGUGGGAUACACGAGCAAUGAUAUAAGUAGCACCGGCGAUGAUUUUAAUCUCCCUUCCGGUACUCGAAAGUCACUAUCCGCGAUCCUCAUCAUCCACCCAGUCGCUGCCUUCCUGACCCUCAUCUGCCUCUGCCUGGCGAUCGCGGCCCACUUCCAUGCGCCCUCCCACUCGCCGCGCUUCCUGUUGGCGCUUCUUAUCUUGUUGUUGCCAACCCUCCUCGUGACUCUCCUCGCAUUCCUUGUCGAUAUCUUGCUCUUUGUGCCACAUUUAGGAUGGGGUGGUUGGAUUGUGCUGGUCGCGACCAUCAUCCUCACGUCUUGCGGAGUCGUCACCUGCGCUAUGCGCCGAACCCUUGUCAGCAGGAAGGCAAGGAAGCGCCGGAUCGCGGAAAAUGCCGAGAUGAGUGGAGAGAACUAUUACAACCGACAGAAUGGUACUGCGGCUGUGGCUGCAGCUCCUGUUCCGGCCCCUGUCGAGCCCAAGGAAGCCUUUGUGUCGAACUCUCUCAACUCCGAUUCGGGCCCAACGUUCGCAUCCUUCCACACAGAUACACGUGACAGUGAUGACGAUCGCACACCCCUCAACUCGCGGACACCAAUGAGCGAUAUCCCAGCACCCCCGGACCAUCGCGGUGCCCCCUAUGGCGCUGCGCAAGAUGAAUUUGCCAACAUCCCGCCUCAGGGACCGGUAUGGGCUCUCGAAGAGGAGGAGCGCCACCUGGCUUCAACGGACGCGGGCGGGGUGGAUAUCCCCCCCCGUGGUGGACGCGGAGGACCUUACAUGGGACCUCCUCGCGGUCCUUCCCCCGGCUCCCGGGGUGGAUACAUGGGGCCAAUGCCAGGUCGUGGAGGUCGCGGUGGAAUGGUGCCGCCGCGAGGACCCCAAAUCGGCUAUGGACCCAGUUCAGGCGGCCCCAACCGCGGUUUGGACGCAUACGGUCGAUCUGUGUCGCCUCCCACCGACGACCCUUAUAACUAUGGACCGCCGGGUCAGAUGCGCCAGCCAUCUCCCGGGCCCAUCGGCAUGGCCGUGUCACCGGAGACGGUAGGUCAAGCCAUUGAGAUGACUCCGCAACAUCGGCCGCAGUACGAUAUGCAUGAGUCCAUUCAGCCAAUGAGCAGCGUACCACAGACGCUGUCAGCUGAGAUCAACAGCCCCGUCCCUGAAAGCCCGACAAGCAUGUACAGUCGACCUGGCUCUUACGUUCCCCCUCGCUCGGGCUGGAGUGCAAAUGAUCCUCGUACAUCCCCGCGUCCGCCGGGGCAAUCUCAGCAACCUAACAACGCCGGAUCCAACUACUAUGAAGACGUGGAUCCCCGCUUCGCUCGUCGACCAUCACCCCCCAAUGACUCUGCUAUCCCAUCCUCUCUAACGCCUGGAGCUGGAGGAGGUCACUUUUAA